CCGUGUUAACUUCUGGUUUUGGAAACACGAGCCGGCUUGCAUGGAGUGUCCUGAGAAAUUGUUCAACAUCUCAAAUCGUGUAAUUUUUAAUUGCCCUACUUGAAUCCUGAAAUCCCCGUUCCCUUGGAGAUGGGCCGUUCCCAACCGUUAUUUGCCGUGAACAUACCUUCCGACGAGGAAGACGACGCCCUCUGCUCCUUCUCACAUCCACUUCCUCCGGCGAAGAGGAAGUCGCCGGAGAAUUUGUAUGGCGGGGGCAGAGGAUCCGCUCCGACCUUUCUGAUUAUUGAUGAUGACCCAACCCCUCAGAAGGGUAAUGCUGUUUGCACGCCCUCCGUCGUCGCUGAAACUCCGUUAUCAUUCGGCUCCGAUGCGUCCAUCGUCAAGUGCUCUCUCUCUCGGGCAAGUUCUCGGGAGAAGUUCGCUGGAAUAUCUAGUUUGAUAUGCCUAGAGUCAGAUAAUGAGUCUGAGGGUGGUUCCAAUAGAGGAAAUUUGAAGAAAUCCAGGCAUUUGAUCGAAUGUUUUGGAAGGGAAGCUUACCUCUCCAGGUCUCCUAGUUUGGGAAAUCCUAGAUUGGAUUCAGCUGCUGGAAAUGAACUUGAUGGACUAUUACUGAAAAAUGUAACAUGUGAAGUUGACUUGGAAGCAGUUACUAGAGUUGCUAAACUUGAUUCAUCUGAUAAAUAUGCUGGCGUAUCUGCUUUCAUCAAGAUUUCAGGAGAUAAUCUUCCUCGUGAUGAUUGCCUGGCAGAGGAUUUUGUUGCCCAGGCAAAAGAUGAUAAUGAGGAUGAUCGUAAGAGUGAUUUGAGGCUAUCACCAAGUCCUGUAAAAAAGAAGGGAAAGCAGAGAGCGCUUCAUGCUGAUAAGAUUGAGGCAGCUGCUAGAAGGAAACAAUUGAAGGAAGCAAAAGCACUUUUAAUAGAAGAAAGGAAACAAAAGAGGCAGGAAGAGAAGCUGCAAAAGGAGGCUUUGAAAGCAGAUGCUGCUGAAUUGAAGAAGCUGGAGAAGGAAAAGCAAAAAUGGGAGAAGGGAAAGCUUGCUUUGAAAUCUAUUAUAGCUGAGAUUGAUGCUAAAUUUCUUGAAAAUGGAUCAAUUGGAGGGCAUCUUCUUACCAGAUUUGCUGAAAGAGGUCUCUCUUAUCGUGUAACCUCAAAUCCUAUUGAAAAAUCAAUCCUGUGGAAAAUUACUGUACCUGAACAAAUUGCGCAGCUUUCAAACAUGACAUCAGAUGUUCCAUACAUAUUACUUCUAUACCAGGCUGAAGAAUUUUGUGAUCUCGUAAUCACGGAAUCCCUCGUAGAUCAUGUCCAUACAGUUAGGAGCCAGUAUCCAUUAUUCACAAUAUGUUAUCUAACAAACAAGCUGAUGAGUUACAUAAAUAAAUGUGAACAAAGUCGCUACAAGGAUUCUUCAAACUUAAACGGUUGGAAGCGGCCACCUGUUGAGGAGGCAUUGGCAAGUUUGUCAACGCAUUUUACCAAAGUGCACUCGAGACAAUGUAUGGAUGAAGCAGAGAUUGCCGAUCACAUAGUUGGUUUAACAUCCAGUCUUGCUAGUUGCCAAUUCAGGAAGAAGUUGACAUGGCUUUCUGUGAAUGCUAAUGGAUCUAUCAUUUCCAAGGACUUCAUUGAUAGGAAGCUAAUUAAAAAUAAUGUCUGGCUGAAGGCACUGGUGGCCAUACCUAAGGUCCAGCCAAGGCAUGCUAUUGCUAUCUGGAAGAAAUAUCCGACCAUGAGGUCACUUCUGGAUGCAUACUUAGAUCCAAGCAAAUCUGCGCACGAGAAAGAAUUCUUACUAAAGGAUUUGUUGGGGGAAGGAUUGCUGGGAAAGGAAGAUAGGAGGGUGGGUGAGGUCUGCUCGAAGAGAAUCUUCCGAAUACUAAUGGCACGGAACGGCGGCAUCACAACUAAUGAUGUUGAAGAUGGAGCUGACCUUUUUCAUUGCUGAUCUUAAAUAUCAAGGUGGAUGAAAAUGUCCAUAAAUACUAUUUAUCUAUAAUGUUUUCUUAUUUUAAAUUUU